AACGCAUUAUAGGUCAUAUAUCUGCCCCGAGAACGCAAUGUAUAUCUGACCCCAAAGAGGUUGACGUAAGGUGCUAUAAGGUUGACGUGAGCGCAAUACGAGACUCUUAGAAAAGCUUGUCUUGCGUGCUCCUGAGUUGUGACAUGGUCACUUGAAGCCUUAUACUUGAUAGGGCCAACCUGCUCGUGGCUCAAACACAACCUGCUCGUGGCUCAAACCCAACCUGCUCGUGGCUCAAACAACCUGCUCGUAACUCUACCCCAACCUGCUCGUGGCCCAUCCUCAACCUGCUCGUGUCUGAAACAUGAAUGCAACACGAGGAAUGUUGUACGUGAAGCUUCAUAAAGUCGUUGAAGCGACACUUCGCUCAUUGAAAGUUUUAUAAGGAAACACUCGUGCAUACAGAAACGCUUAUCAGCUACCAAUAAUAUCAUCUAUGGCAUCGAGCGAUUUCCUCUAUGACAAAAUCCCAGACAAGCUCGUUACCGUGACGGUAUAAGCAUCCUUGCGUAUUAUUUCCCACGCUGCGGACGUUUUGUUUCAUCAUUAGCGUAUUGAGGGUAUCUGUAGUAACCGGGCAUUGAGACGCAAAUAUCGCUGGCCACUGUUAAUGUAUCCUAUACAUAUAGCAAGCAGGCCUCUAUCCUGAACUUUCCACACUUCUGGUCGAGACAGCAAGUGUCGGCCACUGCGCCUCAGCGCAUCCGUCGAACUUGAUGGCCGAUGCCGCCACCGCCAGAAGUGACGCGGGCUUUGACACGAACGCCACAUCUCUAAGCAGUGACUUUGACACUAACGCCACAUCUUUGAGUAGUGGUUUUGAACCAAAGCCCACAUCUCUGAGCAGCGAAUUCCGAGGUGAGCCUGACGGCUGCGUAUCCGCAGGGAGCGUCGGCUCCUCGCUCAGUGGGGUGCUGGCUGAGGGGCAGAAUGUGCAGGUCCGCGUGCCGGAGGGACCGGUGUCGGGGCUCGUGCCCCCGUCGGGGGGCAUGCAGUAUGGAGAUGUGGUCGACGACAGCCUUUACCUGCCUGCCCGGAGCCGUCCGUACACCGUCUACGACUUCGGCCGAAAGUUCCACACUCUGAGCGAAGCUUCCUUGAAGAGCAGCAAGACGCACUACCCCCACAACGCGGCGCCUCGCAGCGACGUCAAAUGCAACAGCAUCGGCAAGUGCAGCGGCAUCGGCAAAUGCAGCGCCGAGGCGACCGCCUACUCCCACAUCGAGAAGUUCAACAGGACUCUCGAAAGCGAGGGCAUUUACAUGAGGAACAACGCCUGCUCCGGCCCUCGCAUUGACUUCAUUGAGGGCACCUCCAUACUUAGGAUCCGGGAACAAAGCGCCCCUCAUCCGCGGUGCGAUGGCAACGAGCACCCAAUGUACCUCACCGCCCCCGACGGAUGUUCCCCCAUGGGGCGGCGGUACGGGGGCAACAUUGGUGGCGGGUUUGUGGUGGAUAUGGCGGCUGCGGUGGAGCGGAGAUGUGGCAUGACGGCGUCAAGUAACGUCGGUGUAGACGGACUGGUGGGAGGAGUGAGCAAAUCGUCCGGUGGAGGUAGUAACAGCAGCAGUAAAGCUGUGCGUCUAAAGCGCGCCAAACGCAGCGGACUGCUCGGUCUCAAGAUGGGCAGGUUCACCAAAAAUAGUGCCAAAAAGAAUAGUACAAAAGCAACAAUAGAUAAUAAUGAGACUCUGCAGCCAGCGGAGCCGCCCUCAGGUCAGUGCGCUGACGACAGGAAACAUGUGGCUGUCCACGAGAUGGCUCGCUCCUCGUCUUCGGAUCACCUCAACUUCGAAGAGAAGCGCAAGCUCAUCGCCUCUAGCUUGAGCCUGAGUGAAGUGCUUGCUGCUGAGUGCCACAGGCAGCCCAGAUAUCUCCUGAACGCCUCCCUCGACGCCCAAGAUCAGGACGAAGACAGGCACGAGUUUGAAGAGGUCCCCGAUGUGAGUAGAAGGUGGGAGAAGUUAGGAGGCAUUGGACUCAUAGGAAUGGGAAGCAAGAACUCAUCUCCUCUUCCCUCCCAUCCAAGACCUUAUCUUCUCGCUCGCCCUUCGACUCCCUCCCCGCUGACGACCGCCCGUCCCGAUGUGUCGAUGCCCGCGCGCCCGGCCUCCGUGUGCGCCAUCAGCUUUACAGGCUACGAUGGCGGUCGCGACGACGACGACGACGACCGAGAAGAAGAACCCCGGCGCCAAUUGUCAGUAGACCUCGGCUCGCUGAGGGCCGAGGAAUCAGCGAGCAGCCCUCACGUGUUCGUUAAUCCUGUUACGAGUCUCUCCCUCUCCGACCUGCUCGCAGCUGCCAGUCCAGGCAAGAGCAAGACGAACGGUACAGCGCGGGGGGCGGGCGGUGGAGGGUCGCGGUCGCCGCCCCCUGAGCGCCCCGGACGCAGCAGACUGGCGGCGCUGGGGCGGCUCUUCAAGCCCUGGAAGUGGCGGAGGAAGAAGAAGUCUGAGACCUUCGAGGCUACCAGCAGAUACGCGGGUGUGGCGCGUGUGUCGGGAGACGCGGGUGUGGCGCGUGUGUCGGGAGGCGCGGGUGUGGCGCGUGUGUCGGGAGACGCGGGUGUGGCGCGUGCGUCGGGAGACGCGGGUGUGGCGCGUGUGUCGGGAGGCGUGGUGUCAAGCCAGUGGUGCAGGAUGCCGCUACUGGAGCUCGUCAAGUCUCUUACGCUCGGAAGGAGAAGGCGGGAGCGCGUGUCGCUCUGGGGGGCCAGGUCUCCUCACCUGCCACAGUCCCUCCUGGGCACCCACGGCACCUACACGAGCCAUGCCCCCGGCAGUGAGUGGCCCCCUGCUACCCCCGGUGAGGGUACAUCAUCGUCAGGAGGGACACUUGCCGUGUCCGCCCCACCCUCGCCCCGGCAAAGAGCCUCCGGGCACCAGAAUUGGUCGGAUACUCUCCCGCGUGUCAAACCCGACCAAAAUUCUCGACAAAUUUGGUCGAACCGCCCACCCGAUGAUGAUCUUUUGUUGUCCCCUCGCCACGAUGGUUGUCCGCUGCCGUCAUCCCCGACAACCGUCGCGCCUACAAAUGAUCAUCCAGAGUGUGGGGCUGAGGAAUGCAAGAGCGCGUCGAACUCCAGAACCACGCCUCCUGUCUGUGACCGUACGAAUGAUGCUCUCAAAAGCAGCGGUGAAGAACGCGGCGAAGUGACGCAGCUGGAAGAGCUACUUGUAAGUUCCCUGCCUUCUGACGUUACAAGCGAUCGAACUGACGUCGGUGUGACCAGCUCGAGUGUAGCUGCACAGCCUGUGUGUUUGGGUGUCAUGGGCGCAGGCGUGGGUCUGGCCGAGGACGGAGGGAAAGUCUCGACCGGGAGCGACGAUCGAACGUACAGGAGCUUGCAGAAGCCCCCGCAGCUGAGAGCAGAACGAGGCUCUCGUACAACUCGGCAAGUGAAUGUAGCGGCUACUGAUGCUAGUGUAUCAGCUUCAAGAGGUCCUCUUGUGUGUCAUGUUUAUGAUGCACCUACAAUUGUUGCUACCCCAACAGCAGGUGAACCCAAGAAAGCUGACGCCUUCAAAUGCAAUGAUAUCUCGCGGGAAACUGAGGAAGUUUACCCACUGAUCUCCUCUCAACCCAAGUGCUGGGGCGAACCGCAUGCACAUUCCUACCCUGCCCACCUCACGACCACCGCACCAGCCAUCAGUGAGCCCUCGGUUGCGCCGAGUGCCGAUCUUGCCUCACAAAAGUGUUCGAGGACAACACCACCUCGCAUCACAUCUGACAGCAAUGUUUGCCGAACUGCCGUUAACUCGAGCUCAGUCCCAAGCAACGAGGGUCGCUCGGUGAACUGUCCCUGCUGCCACCAUGCCAUGCACCAAGGCCUCAGUGCUGGACAAGCCGCGGCUGGAAAUAAGCUUGGUCCUGGAGAGGAUGAGGCGAGGCUGGCUCUGAGAGGGAUCCCGCUGCUCGAAGGUGCUGCGCAGCUACAGAAUUGUUCAGCCUGCACGUCAGCGCAACUUGUUCCUGCGACGAGCGUCGUCUAUAGUUCCACUACCAUCGCUCCUCAACGCGCCACGCUUGUCACUCUUUCUUCGUCCUCGUUCCCUUCAGGAGAUAAUUCUGCUCCUGGCCUCGUGCAUCCGUUGUCUGGCCUCAAGACGAAUAAUGAAAAUGAUUCAAGCUCUAAAGACAGUCCCCACAUUUGGCCUCACGCUAACAUCGCCAAAACUCAAUCUUACCCCAAAUCAGUUGCUAUUGUGGCCCCUCUGCUCCCUUUGAAUGCCUCAGCGUCAAGCUCUUCCGCGCCUCAUUCUAUAGUUGGCAGUUCUCAGGCUCACGGCGCGCAGCCCAUCAGGUCACCUGUUGUAUGCAAAGGGCCCAGCUCACAGCCCACUCAACCAAGUAACAAUAAACUUAAAACGGGUCCCACGUUGAGCACCUACUCGCCCGUCAGAAUGGGCAACCCCGUAACGAGCAGAUUCUCGUUCAGAUCUGACAUGAUUGCACUGAAUCGAAGUCAGACCAAUGGCAGGUGUUGUAUGAUGCGCAGGAGUAACAGCAGCGAUGCUGAUGAUGUUCCUUCGCUCUCUGGCCGUUUGAUGGCUCGAGAAAACAUUUCUCCUCAUCUUAAACACAAACUCUUCAAGGCUGGAGUUUCCAAGAUCGAAAGCUCGGAUGGAAGCAACGUGUCCGAUGAUCCUCAGUGCAGUCGCAAACGCGCGAUACUCUGUGACGACAAGGAACUGCCCAUCGGUGAUGUUCCAUCCUGCAACUGCAGCGUCGACGACUCCAACUGCCACCUGCACAACUGUAGACUUUCUUAUCCCUCAGCGCCUGCCACUCACACUCCUACCUCUCUUCCGUACUGCCGUGAAGACCAACAAAAUGCUUGGAAAGCCAGCGCAUCGUGUCGUCGCCUUCAAGACAUCGAGAAAAUUCGUCAAAAAAUACUGUACAGAAAUCCCAGCUCCGUUGGGUGUUACGUCCGACGCGUGAACAGCGUCGUGAGGAGGCAGUCGUCGCGGCUCAAGAAACCGACGGCAAAAGUUCGGCGUGUGAAAUCAUUCAAGGAGAGCAACGAGAGAGACUGGGACGUGCCUGAGCGUGAACAGGGCGAUAGUCCACGACAUGACAUCAUCCUUGACGCGUCCAGUCUCACGGACACCGAGACCACCUCUGCGGAGGACGACUCUGAGUACCAGGACUGUACGGAUGAUGAGCGGAAACGGCCAUCUCCCGUACAGGAGGCGGCUGAGAGAGAACAUAGCAGUGACAUAACACUCAAGAAAUGGAUAGUGAGAGUCGACAACAACAGCGUCGAGGACGAGGAAUUCUUCUAUGACUCUUUGCAGGAUUAUUAUGAAGAUUAUGACCGCUUCUUCAUUGCUAACAACAACUCAAGUGCAACUGACAUUGAACAGCACGAUUGGCAAGCUUCUGGGCAAGGUGCAAGCCGCAACAACAACAGCUCAUCGUUGAUGCCCGGUGAUCAGAUUCAGCGCGUGAAGGUAAAGCUGCUUGACGACAAUCGCUUGUAUCGCAAGCCUCUUGUUGUGUCCUCUGAUGAGGCACGCGCUGCACAUGAACUUCCUGAAACUUUACGCCGUGAGGUGCCGGCGGCGGUCCAUGACAAUCGCUGGGGAGGCUCCUCAACUGCUUCGUUCUCACCAGCUCCUCAGAGCCGCGAUGAUGGUACUAGUGCAGUUCACCCGAGUCCCGAUGAGGUCAAUUUUAGCACCGGUGUUGUGGAUAACGCCCAACAACAGCGUUCUGGUUCAAAGGUUUCCAGGCUGGAGGAGGUUCCUGCUUUGCCUGGCACUUGGACGUGUGCAGCGCCGGACGAUGACGACAGUGACGAGGAAUGCAGCUUAGAGAAGCUGGAAAUGUUCUUCAACGAUCCUAUCACCAAGCCAAAGUCGACACACCGCGAGAUGAAGAAGAACCUUUCAUACUCGUACGUCUCGCCUCGACAUUCCAUGACCUAUGAGAGGGCAGCCCCUCGACCUGAGGGCAACCGCCGGGGCGUGGCUCACGGGGCCCACCAGGGCUUGUUGUGCCCCAGUGGUGGGCAGGACGCGUGGCAGGAGGUGGCAGCACAGCUGGAGGACGUCUGGGACAGCCUGAGGCUCAUGGAGGAUCCAGAGGACUACAGCGAUGAUGAGGGCGACAAGACGGACACCACGAACGGCUGUCUGGAUGGUAGCCCCUGCUUCCCUUCCCUCAGCUCUUGCACCUCCACCACCACCACCACCACCACAACCACCACCACUUCUACCACCACCUCCACCGCCUCCACCACCGCCACCCACGACGACCGACCUCCCGCCACCAGCGCUGAUGGCGGCGACGACAACAGAGUGCACGGCGACGGCAUCGCAGGCGGGGUGGCGGUGCUGCCUGCCGAGCUCCUCAACACAGGCGGGGAUCGCCCUGGUAACGCCUACCCCCCCUUCCCCUACCCCCCCAGCAGUAGUUACGCUACCUACGACGGUAGUGGCCAGGCAGUCACGGUAACUAGUGUAGGCGAGAGUAACGUUGUUGGUAACGGAGUUACCGGUAACACACACAGCCUCCCCCACCCCUCCCACCACGUGUCCCUGCUGUCACUGCAAGCACAGCAGAAGAACUUGCACAGCGUCGGCUCUGGACACAGCACCCUGCCCCCCUCAUACCACCAUCACCACCAACACCAUCAUCACCAACACACUAACUCCUUACGCAAUGACCACACCAACACCCCCGACCCCCCUAUCAUCGUGUCGGAAAUUGGACCCAUCCCUCCGCCCCCCAUGUUCUCAUCCCCCUCUCCCGUAGCUCAACGUAACCCCUCAGCGGGGGGUAAUAUGGGGCCCCCACCCCCAUACCAGCCCCCCUCCUCGGGGGUGUCGGCCAGUGGCAUGCUCCAGCAUCAUCAGCACCAGCAGCACCAACAGCUGCACCAUCAGUUACAACAACAUCAUCAACAACAACAGCAACUACACCAUCACCACCAACACCAACCUUCCUACGAAGGGAGGGCCCCACCACUUGGCCCCAUGGAGGACGAGGCUGGGGACGACGAGGCCGCCUACGCUGGCGAGGCCGGCAUCCUCGCCUGGUUCCAGGCCAAAAUGGCCAACUUCGCCAGCGCCGAUGACGAGGACUCGGCGCUGGAGGAGGAGAUGCUGGAGGGGGAGGAGGGGGAGCUGGACACGUCGCUGGUGGAGGAGGUACCCGCCAGGGAGCCCAAGCUCGACGCCCGGCCCCUCAAGAGCGCCCUUAAGAAGAAGAACAGCUCCACCAGCAUCACCACGUCAUCACCCGCCACCACCCCCACCACCGCCUCCUCCAGACGGCUCCCCCUGCGGCCCUCAGUAAAGAUUAGGUUCAGCUCACGGCCCAUCAAGUUCUCCUACGGACGCGAGGCUCCCACAACCCCCAGCCCUGCCCCCCCUGCAGAUAACAAGGAGAACACUAAUGCCCUGUUAUCACAGAUAACAAGGAGAACACUAAUGNUGCCCGCGGCGCUGCUUCGUCACCGCGCGUCCCACGACGACGACGACAGCGACGACGAUGAUGAUGAUGGGCCCGUCCUGUACCGGGACGGCGACGAGGACCUUCCUGAAGGCUGCGGGACCAAAGUGUCCCGGAAGGACAGCCUGGCCCUGAAGCUGGCGCUGCGGCCCAACAGGCAGGAGCUCAUAGACCGCAACAUCCUCCCUCAGCACUCGGAGACCGACCGGAAGGUCUUCAGAGAGGCCAUCGGGGCCAAGCUGACCAGACGGCUCAGUCUGCGCCCAUCGGCUGAGGAGCUCGAGGAGAGGAACAUCCUAAAAAAACAAACGCCCGAAGAGGCGCGUAAGCUCAAGGAGGAGAAGAGGCGGACGCUGCUGAGGAAGCUGUCCUUCCGGCCCACGGUGGAGGAGCUCAAGGAGAGGAAGAUCAUUCGGUUCAACGACUACAUCGAGGUGACGGAGGCGCAGGAAUACGACCGGCGCGCCGACAAGCCCUGGACGCGCCUCACGCCCCGCGACAAGGCCGUCAUCAGGAAGGAGCUCAACGAUUUCAAGAGCCUCGAGAUGGACGUGCAUGAGGAGAGCCGCCACCUCACAAGGUUCCACAGACCCUGAAGCGCGGCAGCUGCAGCGCCCCGCCGCUGCCUCCAUCGAUUAGCUGUAACCGCUCCAGCCGCCACCUGCGCUUCUGCAAGUCUCGCUUGUUGUACAUAAUUAUGAUAACUAUAUCCUUGUUGUUAACAACGAUCCUCAUGUUGAUGAUGAUGUACCAAAUUGUUCAUAUUGUGCAAAUACUGUAGCUAUUGUAACCUGUGAAACCAGUGAUGCUGUGAACUACGUCUCCUCUUUAAACACUUUUUGCUCUCAUAUGCAAUACUCAAUCCUGUCUCUCAUACUUAUUCUUUAGCUCCCAACUGUUCUUGGUUCCUGACCAAGACUUGUUAGUCUUUUUUCGCGUGACCUAAUAACACCCAAUGUAUCGAUAGUUUUUAUUCCAUGAGUUGAUUCCUCUCUGUCUGGUGUCUUCCGCCGCUUCGUUUGCAGCAGUGAACCGCCGCUGCUGUCUGGCCCCGCUACCGUUGUUUGUGUCGCGCCUGGUGCUUCCAAUGCAUGCGCGUGUUUGGUGGUGUUAGUUUUCCCUGGGGCUGUGGUAAGGUUCAGUUGCUAGCUGUGGGAAGUAAUGGUUGAUUUUACUUGUGAUUGAGGACUAAAAUAAUAAAGUUAAUCAUCAGACAGUGAUGAGGGAAUCACUUCAUUAUUUAGAUAAAUUAUUGAUUUAAAUGAUUAAACUCAAGCAGCGCUCUCGGUCGAGACUGCUCUUGAGAGGCCAGUGUGAGGUUCGUCUGUCGCUGCUGAAAGCAGCCAUUGCAUUUUUGUUUUGUUACUGGACGCUGAUGAUGAACCUGUUAUUUCAAACAAAAUAUUAUUUCGACCUAAAGCAAGUAUAACUCUUCGAAUAGAGGUCGUGGUUGUAUUUAUUUCUGCAGGUGACUGAGCGUAGCUUGGUCUAUGAAUGUCUUUCAAAUUCCAGCGUGGAGCAGUGAACAAGAUGUGCGUCUCGUGAACAAGAUGUGUGUCAUGUGAACAAGAUGUGCGUCUCGUGAACAAGAUGUGUGUCAUGUGAACAAGAUGUGGUCACGUGAACAAUAUGUGGGUCACUUGAACAAGAUGUGGGACAAGGGGUCGCUCAUAAGUAAUACCUUGUAAUUGUGAUGCUAAAUGUGAGCCGCUGGAAUGCAGACUAGGUUCUUCUUUACAGGGAUUUCACAAUAAACUUCCAAUAAUUUAUAGGAAAUAAAUAAUCUUACGCAAACACAAGUAGUUUCAGACAUUUUCUUCAAAUGUCACGUAAUAUUCAACAUUCAAGUUCAUUUUAAUCCUGUUUCUUGUGCAAGAAAAAUGGGCCUUUAUAAAACUUAGGCCCUCUGAGGCUCUGGAGCAUUUCUGAAUGUGAGCGACUCGCUGUAUUUGGAAAACGGAAGCGUUGUAGUUUAUGGAGCAACUCUUUUAUCUCGAACACGCCCCUCCUGAUUCUUGUGAUGUUAUUUUAACGGUGAAUUUGAUUUUUUUGGUGUUGGGUUUCAGAAGCAAAUAAUAUUGACACCCUCGAGCGGAGUUCAGGUACGCGCGAGUCGGUAAAAAAGUUGCUGUAGAAGUAGUCAUAUUCGAUGAAAUCUUAUGCCUGACAAUAUGCAUUGUAUUGAAUAACUCCUAUUAAGUAUUUGCGUGUAUAUGAGCUCUUAUUGUGAACAAACCACAAAACCUGCCGUAGGCCAGCCUUCGUUAUCACCAGGCGCAACGAGUUCCGUUGCUGCGUCACUGAAGUGACGCCGUCACGCUUGCUAACGCCUUGCCACGUGCGUGUUGUCAUCCAGCUGCUGUGGGUGGCUGGCUACUCGGGAUAACUGCUCAUUGUGGCUACUUAGUGUAGCAGGUCUUUGUAGCUGCUCAGUUGACUGUGUAGCUGCUCAGGGUAGCAGAGUGUGACGGCAGAGCCCGGCCAGUGCUUGUGCGGCUGUAAUUUUCAGUGUGGAAACUGGAAGGGUUUGUCAGCCUCGGCAGAAGGGUAGACCUGACGCGUCAUCGGCUGCAGUAACGAAUUGCAAGAUCGGUUAGAAUUGUUCAUAUUAUAUUCCUGAACGUGAGGUGAGCUAAGGAUUUUAUUAUUUUUACUCAUGUGAACGAAGAGUUUUAACUGUGGGUGGCAUGGGUGUGAAUAAAAUAUAAGAUGACCAUGCUGCUAAAAUCCGGGUUUCUACAAACCUAUUGUUUGCGUGUGAAAAAAAAAAAAUUAGUUUGUUGGGAUGAAUGCAUCGUGUUUCGUCGUGUGUCUGAAGUUACCUUGUGGUAACUUACCGUUUUUUUGUUUCCUUUUUUAUUUAUUGGUUUUGAAUUAGUCUCAUCAGAGGCGACGUGAUCAGCAUUAUCCGAGUUGCCAGUUUUUAGUAAGAGUUUCUGAUGCUCAAGCGUAGAUAAAGUUUUCUGUAGUUAUCUUCUUAACGUGGCUUUCUAGAGCGCUGUUAAGGUCAAUUUGGCUGAACCGACCAGCGUCUCCCUACGAGUCUUAGGCUUGUUGGGUCAGCAAAGCUCAUUAGCAUAAUUUCUCUUGAACCAAAUGUUCUCUUAUUUCCGUACUGGGUUUAUAUAUCUAGGGGCAUGGCACUGGGAAUCAAUAAGCAAUUAAUUUGAAUGGUCCCGCUUCAAUUCUGUGCAUUACCACCAAUUAGAAUAGCGGCCUCAACCUUCCCGCAAGCUCAUUUCCCCCGUGAGGUCUUCACUGUUGUGAUAUUUGUUGCAAAUCGUGUGUGCGACUGUGCGUAACUCGUCGCUUUGUCCUUAUUUGCUGUUGAAAUUUUAAAGUAAACUUUGCAACAGCGAAAACUAAUUUUGUUACUCAGCAGCUCUGGAAAUAUGCGUACGAUGCGCACCACAGCGGACGCGUUGCGGUGCACAUGAGUGUUAGUGCGUGUGCUGCUCCCAAGUCUGUUUCUCAUCUGGGCUAUUGUUACAUCGCAGGCGAGCCUUUUCCGUGAUUUCCACUCCGGGUUGUGUUUCAGUUUGAACGCUGGUCUAUUAUGUAAUUAUCUGUAAUUGAUGAUCUUAAUAAGCCUAUUCUUAUUACAUAAUCUUUUUA